GCAAUUGGCCGGCGAAUGGCUACGUGCUCGGAGCCGGCUCUGAGCUCCUCGGGAGCUGCAGGACAAGGUAUAAAAGCCCAGCACCGGCAGAGCUGCUCCCAUCCUCUUCUCCUGCUUCUCUCUGCCUGGGGAAAGGACCCACUCCAUCCUGCAGCCAUGUCCUGCUAUGACCUGUGUGCCCCCAGCUCCUGCGGGCCAACCCCCCUGGCCAACAGCUGCAGCGAGCCCUGUGUCAGGCAGUGCCAGGACUCCACCUACGUCAUCCAGCCCUCGCCUGUGGUGGUGACGCUGCCAGGACCCAUCCUCAGCUCCUUCCCCCAGAACACCACCGUGGGCUCCUCAGCCUCUGCAGCCGUGGGGGAUGCCCUCAGUGCUGGAGGGGUCCCCAUCAACUCGGGCAGCUCCUCGGGGCUGGGGGCCCUCAGCUACUCGGCUCUGGGUGGCCUCUACGGGAGGCCCUCCAGGCGCUACAACCGGUGCGGGCCGUGAGAGCGCCUCGGGGGGAGCAAACCACAGGAGCUUGGAAGCGUUGACCUGGAUCAGGACUGGAUUCGUGACCACGGCCACUUGCUUGCUGCCACCCCCCCUCAGCUUGCCCCCAGGCAGGAGCUUGGCAUUGCUGAUUUUCUGUUGUUGACGAGCUGCAAGAGUGCCACUUUGGCUGCUGCAUGCAGGAGUUGGUGUCCAGCUGCGGAGCGGUGCCCUGAACUGGAUGAUUUGGUCUGAUCCAACUCAGCCCUUUGCUCUCUUUACAUUUGGAAUGGUUUUGUUGUUUGUUUGGUUGUUUUUUAACCAUUCUGUUUCUUACUCAUUAAAUUUGUGGUGCAUCAUCUUCA